GUCAUGGGGCGACCUAAGGGCGGCGCCGCGGAAGCGUCGAAGAAGCCCAAGUCCAAGCCGAAGCAGCGCGGCGGCGUCGACUUCAAGAAGUACAAACACAAGGUAGGGCGGAAGCUUCCGCCGCCGAAGAACACCACCAACACGGAGAUUAAGUCCAAAAUGAUCGUGCUGCCGGAGCAGAGCAUGGCGUCGGAGAGGGCGGGCAUGGCCGUGAACAAGCGCGGGCUCACGCUGCGGGAGCUCCUGCAGCAGACGGUGCACUACAAUCCCAAAGUGCGGCGAGCUGCAUUGAAUGGAAUAAAGGAUCUUGUCACUAAGCACCCAGCAGAGCUUAAACUGCACAAGGUUGCUAUGAUUGAGAAGCUGCAGGAACGGAUAUGCGACUCCGACAAGGUGGUCCGUGAAUCGUUGUUCACGAUACUGCAGUCUCUGAUAUUCCCAUCUCUGAAAGAGGACAAUGCAAUAUCUACGCGGAGUACUCUAUCUCUGUUGAUGGCGAAUGUUUUGAAUGGAAUGACACACCUUUCUAUGGAUAUCCAGUUAAUGGCUUUCAGGUUUCUGGAGCUAGUGGUUCUUAAUUUCCCAUCUUCCUUUCCCAGAUAUGCUGAACAGGCUUUCAACAACUUUGUUGCUGUGCUGAGCAACGACAGGAUCCAUCUGCAGGAUAAGAGUAAACUUAACAGUGUCCUUGCUGGGCUUGGGCACUGCCUUUCCUUGGUUGCCCGUGCCACGGAAAAUGAUGAUGCAUCAAAUCGACCGGUUCAUAACCUUUCUACGAAAGAACUUUGGAAACCCACUCUUGAUGAAGAUAACUCUGGGAGUAGUACAUUUGCGACAUCCGAUGUACUAACGAAGCUUCAAAACCUCAUCCAAAUUCUUGUUAAUUCUAUAGAGGUUUCAGCUUCAGAAAUAUGUGCAAAGCCAGCAAAUGAUGCUCCCUCAAGUGAAGCAUUAUUGUCAGCUCUUCAUUGCCUGGAUCUAAUCUGUAGAACUUUUGUUCGCGAGGCAAAGAAACCUCAGAUGGAAUUUGGGAGAACCAAAACUCUGUUUGGGCCUGACUGGUUGAAUAGCUCUGUGUUGGUAUAUCUAAAGAAACUGUGGGGAGUGAAACGCUUGUUCCAUGAAAAGGGAGAUGACAGAUUUUUCAUCUUCAGUCUGAAAAUUGCUGAAAUAUUUUUGUGUUUGCGCACAUCAGUGGAUGAUACAAUGUUUUCAUCUGAGGAGUUAUGCCAGUUUGUAUGUUCUUUAUUUUCAAAGGCAAAAGUACUUCGUAACAAGGAUCUCAUGGAAACACAUUUGGGUCCACUUGUAACUUGCAUACCUGGUCUUAUAUCCAAUGCCGCAGAUGACUCAAAAGGAUAUUUGUUGGAGGCAUUUACAGAUGCAUUUAGAGACUCCCAUGUGGAUUGCAAGCUAAUCUUGCCAUACUUGGACGCAGUGGGAGAAAUGUUGCUUCCUGAGAAAUCAGGAAUAACUUUUACUGAACAUGAUUCAGGCAUAUCGGAAUAUCAUAGCACUUGGAUAAAUGAGCUACCUGGAAUAUUACUACAAUCAGUUGAUAAAGCUCCUACAGUUACAAAGGUUGUUUUGGAGCUUCUUCUAAGAAUUGGACAGUAUUUCCCCACUUUAGAGUGUGAAAACCUGCGACCAAUUGCACAGUUAUUUGGUACUAAAUCUUCAUCUGGAACAGUAGAGCUUGGUCCUUUUAUUUGCCUUCCACAUGACUGCCAAGAACUUGCCAUUGCAUGCCUUUAUUACUUCUCCAAUCUGCUCCCUGACAUAAUCGAACCAUUGGCUUGUUGCUGUUUAAGUGAUAAACUGGAGCCCCUCAUAUUAUUUAGAAUUGUUGAAGUUCUACAGUCAACAUACAAGGCUGGGAAUUUACAGAUAACAGAGCAACUCAGUUUCUUGUCAUUGCUAAUGGCACGAUUCGAUGUUAAUCGUGGUAUGGCCUGUACUCAGGAGGGUGCCCGAAAGAUCUCAAAUUGGAAUACUUUCAAGGCUUUGAAUCACUUAAUUUUGACUUCGUUAUCUGAAAUGGGUGAUGGCUCCCUGGUCCUUGAAUUGAUAUGGAAUAAUUUAUCUAAUGAGAUUGCACGAAAACCAUCACCACAUAACAUUAAUGGUCUGUUUAGGAUUAUUGUUACACUUGAUGCAUCAACAAAGAAGCUCAUGGAUGAAGAUGUCAUUAAGCUUAUAGCUGGCUACUUGGUUGAUGCUGCUCGGGAUUUGUCAAAAACAAUUGAAGUGGGCUUUCAGUCUGACAAGACAAGAUUAUUUCAAUACUUUAUAAAGCCCUGCAGAAUCAUGUUUGAGCAGAAUGACAAGCUUCUCUGCAGCACAUUGGAGAUGCUUAAAUCUUUUGCAUCAGGAAACGAUCAUAUAUUUUCAUCUGUCUCCAAUUUAGAUUACCCAAGGGAGCUUUCACAACGAGUUUGUAUUGUCACAACCAUACUGGUCUUCUUAUGCAAUAAUCAGAGGCUCCAUCGAAAUCUCUCUCUGAACAAAACGGUUAUUAAAGGCAUCCUGCAUUAUAUAAGGCAUCAGAUGGAUUCUAAUGUGCCUGAUGUAACAUAUGGAGAAAAGCAGACAUUAAAAUUUGCUUUUGAGCAACUCAAGACCAAAGCAUUGCAGUUGAACUGUUGGGAUAGAAGUGAGCUGGAAGGGCUUUCAAGCACCACCUAAUGGCAUCCAUCUGAUGACUUCAUAUGGAAGUAUGAUGAUGGAAGUUAUAAAGUGCCCGAUGGAGAGGGUGGGAUGCGGAUGUGCGCCAUUUUCCAAGUUGCGUCACGUUGCAGAGGUGCACCAUGUAUGUCAGGCGUAGCUAUUACUAACAGUGUAGUGAAGGUUGGUGCUUCCAGAUAAAGGCAAGAAAUACCGCUGGGUAUCAUAUAUAAUCAUGUUUCACGCCUAUCAGAUCAAAUCAGUAGAUUUGUCAUGAUCGUGCCAUACUUACUGCAGGUGGUUAGAAAAGAUGCACGGUUUACGUUUCUCGUGCCUGGAAACUACCAGUCAAAGACUUCCAGCAAAGUACAGUUCAAGUUGCUCUUGAGAUUUUCUUUUGCUAAAAUCUUUUUUGAGCUAAAUUUUGGCAGUUUUGAGUUAGUUAAUUCGAAGAAUAUAAGUUGUGAUUUUUUUUAGAUGUAUCCUUAAAUCUGUUCAAGCAUCUAAUGUGCGAAUUGCCACCCAAGCUGAUUGAGCCAAACCACUCGUGAGCACUUCAUAUAUGGACGGUGGACUCUUGAUUGCAUUAUAAAUGCAUAAAUUUUGAUCUCA